UGCGUAAAGAACGUGCGCAACGGGAGAAACCGGUGAUGGGUCUGAAAAAACGACGAGGGGAAAACACUGGACGGAUUACAAGGAUUGGAUGGCACGAGUGAUGCAAUCCCUGCAUCCUCCGAAGCCCCAACCGGAUCACAGAGAAUCUGGCCGGAGAUUUUGCCUCACCGAGUUUCAUAUGACAAUUACUACCUUCACCGAGCGAGCACACUUUGAACAAGUGCCUCUUCGUUAGGAUUGUUUUUCUCCACGCCCGUGGAUUAGGAUCCAAACAUCAUCAACAUAAAUGGAAGGAGCUUGAUAUCGUAAUGCCAAGUGUUGAACAAGCUUCUCAGUGAUUGCUGCUCUGCAUGCGUGAAGCACGACCUUUGCUUUGAGGUGCAGCCUGAAGAAUUGCGUAUCGACUCGUUUUUGCGUCUCGUUUUAAACUGAAACACUCGGUUGCAUCCUAGAUAUAAGAUAGUUAAUCGGUUUUCUAUUCGUCUUGGAUUUUUUUUUUUUUUUUUUUUGCCGUGCAGAACCUAGAGGGAGGUAAUUUACCGUCGCAUCCCUUUUCAUAUUCAACAUGAAUUACCUGCGACGUCGACUCUCGGACAGUAAUUUCAUGUCCAACUUGCCUAAUGGCUACAUGGGCGAUCUACAGCGGCCAGAUCCGCCGCAGCAGAGCCCAGCCCCGGAGGUCUCGCCCGUCUCUCAAGAGAGGCGUCAAUCCACCAGCCAGUCUACGGGCGCCGGCUUCUUUUCCUCCAUUUCCAACGCCGUCAAACAGACCACCGCCGCCGCGGCCGCCACCUUUAACGAGGCCACCGAGAGAGGAAUCGGCUCGAGCAACGCCAAGAUCCUCCUGGUCAUUGAUGACCAGCAGACAGACUGGGCAAAGGUGUUCAGAGGGAAGAAGGUUCAUGGAGAAUUUGACAUCAAAGUAGAACAGGCUGAUUUCUCGGAGGUCAAUCUGGUGGCUCACGCAACGGGAAGCUAUAGCGUGGACAUUGAGGCCAUUCGCAAUGGCAACAAAAUCACAAAGUGUUUCAAGCCAGAUUUUGUGAUGGUGCGACAGCAUGCUUUCAGCAUGGCCAAGAAUGGCGACCACAGGAAUAUUGUGAUUGGACUUCAGUAUGCUGGUCUGCCCAGUGUCAAUUCCCUUCACUCUGUCUACAACUUCUGUGACAAACCAUGGGUGUUCGCUCAGUUGUCCAGAUUGUACAAGCAGUUGGGUCCAGAGGAGUUCCCACUGAUCGACCAGGUUUAUUACCCCAACCACAAGGAGAUGAUCACUACACCUGGCUUUCCUGUGGUAGUGAAGAUGGGUCAUGCUCACUCUGGUAUGGGAAAGGUCAAAGUGGACAAUCAAUAUGAUUUUCAAGACAUUGCUAGUGUUGUGGCUUUGACAAAGACAUAUGCCACAUCUGAACCUUUUAUCGACGCCAAGUAUGACAUCCGAAUCCAGAAAAUCGGUGACAAUUACAAGGCAUACAUGAGGACAUCUAUAUCUGGCAACUGGAAGACCAACACAGGAUCAGCCAUGUUAGAGCAGGUGGCCAUGUCUGACAGGUAUCGUAUGUGGGUGGACGUAUGCUCUGAGGUUUUCGGGGGUCUUGAUAUAUGCGCUGUAGAAGCAUUGCAUGGUAAAGAUGGUAGAGAUUACAUCAUAGAGGUUGUGGGCUGCUCAAUGCCUCUCAUAGGAGACCAGCAGGAUGAGGACCGGGCUCUGAUGGCUGAUCUUGUUGUGGCUAAAAUGAACCAGACCAUGCUACACACUUCAUCUCCCACUCCAGUCCGUUCUCAGGGCCCGGCUGUUUCACCUCAACCCGUCUCUCAGUCUAACGUACCACAGUCACAACAGCGCCCUCCUCCACAGGGAGGUCCACAACAAGCAGCUGUUAGCGCUACUCCUGCCCGUCAAGGAGCCCCACCGCAGCAGCGGCCCUCUCCUCAGGGCCAGCCCCCUGCCCAAACCCAGUCUGUGACCAGCCCUAAUGCUCAGAACCCCCCUGCUCAACAAACCCGGCCCAAUCAGCCCCCACAGCGACAAGCCAGUCAAGGGUCCGCAGGUCAGCAGAGGCCCGCACAGGGUCCCGCCCAACGUAGCUCGGGUGGCUCUCCUCAGUCACAGAGGCCCCAGCAAGGCGGUCCCCAACAGCAGCCGCAGAGGCCUCAAACUGGUGGCCAGGGUCCCAAGCCAGCUGGUCAGCCCCAACAGAGGCCACAGCAGCCAAGACAAGGCCAGCCAACCAGACAGCCCACCCAGGGUGGGCCGCAGCCAACCCAGGACGCCCCACAAACAGCUCCGCAACAGGGCGGUCCUCGUCCCCCUACCACUCAGCAACCACGGCCUACUUCACAGGGCCAGGGAGGCCCAGGAGGCACACGACCUCCCUUGCAGCAGAAACCCCAACCUCCACAGAAACCAAGUCCUGAUCACCCGGCCCUGAGUGGAUCUCCGCAGCUUAACAAAUCCCAGUCUCUUACCAAUACAUUCAACAUUCCAGAAACGCCGGCCGCCCAGCACCAAAGUCCUAGUCAGGACGAAGCCAAGGCUGAGACCAUCCGCAACCUUCGGAAAUCCUUUGCAAGCCUCUUCUCCGUGGAAUAAACACACACACACACACACACACACACACACACACACACACACACACACACACACACACACACACACACACACACACACACACACACACACACACACACACACUAACACACACACACACACACACACACACACAGACAGAGAGGUUACACAGUCUUUCUGAAAAACACACGAACACAGACACUCUCAUCAAAUACACACAGAAAGGACCAAUUAUAUCGCACUUUGCAGUGCACAUCAGAUCUGUGCACGUCAAUUUGCAAUGCGACAUUGAUGAAACACUGCCUGCACUUCUAAAGAUUGCAAUAUGAAGUGAGAUAUCACAGCAUUAUUGCAGUUAAAUCUUUUAACACAACUGAAUUCUUUAGACACAUUCCCAGUUUGUUUAAGACCAACUGAUGGAGGGAGGUGUGAAAAAAAAAAAAACACACACAGAAACACUUGCACACACCCUUUUACACUACCUACGCAGUGACUGGACCUACACGUGCUGAUACUUGUCUAUUCAUUCCAGUCUCCUAUGAAUAACUUAUCACUGAUAAUCAAUAGAUUCUUUUUGAAAAUGAAAUGUUUUGGUGGACAUUUUGUUGCAAAAUCAUCCACCACCACUCUUUCUCAGAUACAUGAUAUCUGAAACAUGUCUACUAAGUGUCUGAAGCAUGUUCUGUUACAAUAAGGGGCACCAUUUAAUGAUUUUAACCCGUGCGCCACAUUGUAAUGUAACCGAUUGGUUAAUCGUUACGUAACUUACACGCUUGAGCAGGAUUUGGAUUUUGCAAUGAUGACCCAUUGUGAUGUUGUUAAAAUUUUGCACAGGCUUCCAUCGUCGAAACUAACCCCCCUCCCGCGGCUGUUAGCGCUAGCUACUUUGAAACUGCAUGUCACUUAAGGAGAACGUAGUCGCACAAUGUGGGUGUUCUUGCUUUGUGUCGUGUCGUUGCACCUAGAUAAGGUAGUUGUAGUGAAAAUGAUGUUUUAUUUUCGUGAGCAACCUGUCGCUGCUUUCCCUACGUCCCUCUUCCUGACAAAAAAAAAACACACACACACAAUGGUACACCCUUCAAUAUGUUGAAUAUGCCUUAGAUAUGAAUAGGUAAAGAGAUGGUUUGUGCAAUCACAUAUGUCUCAGGGAUGUCCUGAAGAGAAAGACACAAUGACCUAGCGUCAUUGAUCAGGUCUUCCAACCCAUUACUGUAGAGAGUUACUGAUUGUGAAGCCAGUAAAGGGAGGAAUCUGUCGAAUGUAUUUGUUUGCUACAUAAACAUGUUUGCACACUAAUACUGAAACACUUGAGAACAUAUGAGGUGAGUGAAAGCUCAGGAAGGUUUGUUGAAUUAAAAGAAGGUAUAUUUUGCAUGCCUGGAUGAGCAAAGGAGAGCAUGUAGGUGUUUGGAGCUGCUUGUUCAUUACACUUGGGCCCUAGGAAAACGCAAAGCCAAGGAUGCCAUCGGCAGCAAACUACUUCACAAAAAGAUCAACUUUAGAGGAGAUGCUCGUCACAUGUUGGGUUUUUGACUAAUAACGCAUAUAGUACGUCCCAGUGUGAUCCCAGUUACACAAUGUGGAUCCUUAAACCAACUACUCCUGAAACUUCUUGCCAUACCCGAGGAGUUUAGAGCUGAACCGGCAGUGUCUUCCACAAGUGAGGAUAAAACAUCCCAACACUGGUGUGUUUUAGGCAAUAUAUUUAAUCAAGGCCAUUCCAGGAGUCCCGACCCAUCCCGAAACCUCCCCUGCUUCCCGCUCACCAGCCUGUUGUGUAUUCACAGUGAUCCUUUUGUGACAAAUGGUGCGUUAAUGUGUAUAUAUAUGUAUAAUGUAAUGUUGUACCGUAAACUGUCUAAACCAAAUAGAAGUGUUGUACAGGUCUUAAACUCAACAAACGAUGCAAACAUCCUGUAUUUGAUUUGAUCCUCAAAAGUUGGUCGUUGUGGGUCUUGUGUAUGACAGGAUUUUACUUUAAUCAGAUGUGAUUUAGGUUGUGCAAUAUCUCCACUGUUAACUAAACCUAACAGAUGUGUUCUUUAUUUCACCCAUUAUGUGACAAUUGCAGUUGUUAAAAGCCAUCUUCAAUGUGUCCACUGAUAUGAGUGUAAGUGGCUUGAUUGGUUCACAUAUGUGGUAAUCUAGAUGGUCCACCAUGAUAUUAUUGUGGCUCAGGCAAAAUUUCAGUGCUCUUCUAUGUGGUUCAUGUUUUUACAAAUUAGGAUAGAUAUGUAUAUUAUAAGAUGGCUUUACUGAAUGUCUAAUGAAUAACUGUAUUACUGAUGCAAUCAAGUUUGGAGGCAAAUGGAAUUUCAGUAAUUUAUUUGAAUGUUGCAGUACUUAUGGAACCCAUGCCUGAGGUUUGUACUUCACAAUUUGGUUUUUGUUUUUCGGCAUAUUUGCAUUUGUGUACUUUUGUUUUAUAUAUAUACAGAGGAAUUAUCUCAUUUUAAAGAAAAUGUGUCAUAAUUUCUAAAUAGGUUUAUCCUGUUCUGACUGUUUGAAUCUUAGUGAAUUUUAUUGUCUGUGGAUGCCUGCCAAUUGUAUAAAGAAAGGAAGAUAUAAAAUUAAAGUCACAAAUAUAGAGAAUUAUUAUAGUCUUAAGUCCUAUUAAAAUGAGAAAUAUUGUUAAACAUUGUGUAGUAUUACACAAACAGAUGCAACUUUGAUGUGAUCUUCAAUGUAGCUUAAUAAUGGUGUCAAACUAUGCUAAAAUGUGCACAUAAUCAAUAAAGUCUAUCAAAUGAA